AUGGCGAAUACAGUCUCUUACAAUUUAAGAAGUCCCGCCGUUAAGAGGCUUUUGCAAGAAGCUCGCGAAUUACAACAAGAUAAAUGUAGCGAUUAUAAUGCUCAACCCCUUGAGGAUAACCUUUUUGAAUGGCAUUUUGUUAUCCGUGGACCCGAUGGUACUGAAUUUGAAGGCGGAAGAUAUCAUGGACGUAUUCUCUUACCAUCGGAAUAUCCAUUCAAACCACCAAAUCUUAUGCUGAUGACUCCAAAUGGACGAUUUGAACUUAACAAAAAAAUUUGUUUGAGUAUUACCGGAUAUCAUCCGGAAUAUUGGCUACCGGCUUGGGGAAUCCGCACCGUCCUAUUAGGAUUACUUGGAUUUAUGACGACGAAAUCUAAUGGAGCGAUUGGUGGGAUCGAUUAUUCUGAAUCGGAGAGAAAGAUUUUAGCGCAGAGGUCCAGGAAUUGGAAAUGUAUCACAUGUGACUUGACCAAUAUCGAGACUCUGCCAGAUGACAAUAAUAAAAGUGUAGUGAAUAACGAUUCAGAUGUACCUCAAUUUUCCUUUGUAUAUGAAGAACAAAAGAAGCCAACUCAAGACAACUCCAGCAAAAAUGGUAAUUCAUCACAUUCGCAGCCAGAAAUAAUUAACUCGGAAGAUACCCCUUCAUCUAAUGAUCAACCACAUCAACCACAUCAACAACCAGAUCAACCAUCAUCACAUCAACCACAUCAACAACCAUCACAACAACUACUGCAACAACAACAACAACAACAAAACGAAACCACUCCAACACCUCCGAUAUCUGCUUACGUUAUUGAUGCCAUGAUCGUUAUAUUGGUUUCAAUAGUGAUCGCUUUACUGGCAAAGAAAUUAUCAUAA